UUCAUUUUUAAUUUCAUAUUUUCAGAAAAUUUGUUUGGAACUAAAUAGAAAGCAUGAGUGAAGGGACUAAGGAAACUAUUGCUGAGUGGACAAAUCUUCCAGAAGUUAUUCUAGGCAAUAUUUUCAGCUACCUUCCAACUGUAGACAGACUUUGUAUAGGAGGAGUUUGCAAAGCGUGGGAAAAUGCUGUCCAUAGACCAGAGGUUUGGGAAUGCUUUGAAUUCUCUGAGAAAGAUGUUGAUGAAUUUGGAAAUGGUCUUGAUGUGUUAAGACGUGAACUUUCUUUCACUCAUCUUGUUGGAAGCAUCUCUAAGGCAAUUGUUGAAAAGUAUGUAAGUGUAAUAAAACAGUUUGGAAGAAGCUUCAGACGUGUUAAGAUUUUAUUCAGAGGGAGGCAUUCGAAUAGGAUUUUAUAUACGUUGUCCAAUUGCUGUUUAAAUAUUACCAAUCUCAGUGUCCAGCUAAUGCAGCAGAAUGACCAAGUUCACGAUUGUUGCUAUAUACAAGCAAUACACAACAUAAUACUGCGAAAUUCAAAACUGGAACAACUGUAUGUAAGAGACAUUGACAAUUAUUCAGAAUCAGAUCUCCCUUUCGAAGCCUCCCAUUCUUACACAAUUAAAGAAUUAACUAUUAUUCAAUCGUUUGAGUUUUGCAACCUUGAAAACUUCAUGUCUUUGGUCAAUCUACGAGAACUAGCACUUGAGCCGCAUUUCCUAAGUUACAGCCUACUAUAUCAUUUAGCCAGUAGAUCUUUGAUUAAGUUACACAUCCUGGCUAUCUCAAAGCAUAUGGAGUUUUACAAUGAAGCUCUUCAAGAUUGGCAGUGGCAAGAAAUAAAGAAGCAAGGACCAGAGUUACGCGUUUGUUGCCUUUUCAGGGUGGGACAUGAAUGGACUACAAAAGAUAUCAUGUUGAAGAAAGAAAUCCCAAUAAAAUGUCUCAGAUAUGUCUCAGAUAUCAAGUAUGAAUUGUUGAACUAUCCAGUUUUAACCAACAAUGUAUGUAACUAUUCAUCUACCCUUGUGGAAUUUAUAGACUUCAGCCACUUUUUGAAAAAUUACGAGCUCGCCCUAGGUGAUCGAUCCAUGCGACUUGAAUUAAACAGGUGUAUUUUAAAGAUUGUCCUCGGAUGCACUUUGCUUAGAACUUUAGCUGUUAAAGAAGUGUUAUACAGUCAAAAUAUAUUGUUUAUGUUAAGUGUUAACAAACAUUUAGAUAUCUUCUUACGAGAGGAGCAGAUUGAAUAUGCGGAGUUUAAUUCAGACCUUUUGCAUCCAAUGCCAUAUGAAGAGUUUGAUCUUAUAAGUAGGUCAUGGGUGAACUUUGAAAAUUUUAAAUUUGCUGUCUUACAGCUAACUAAUAAGCAUUGGAAUUUUUACACGGAAGGCAGUGCAAUGUAUGAAAACUUUGUUAAGAAGCAUUUUAAGCUUUUGUAAUACUUAUUAAUGCAGCAGGCCUCCAGAUUAAUUAAAUAUUCAAUGACGCCCUUACUUCAUUAGUAACCGUAUUGUUAAUAUGGUGACAAAAAUUGUAAACUAUGCUAUAGUGCAUUUUAAAUGUUUAAAUGCUUAUAAAUUAAUGUUUAUACAUUCUUGAGUUUGAUUUAAAUUUGGUUACUCAUUUGAUAGGAGUGCUGCAUAAUAUGUACAAAUUUAUUCGCCUAUUUAGUAUUAAGACCAUAAAUUUUGGACUGGACGUGAUUAGCUUUGCCACCAGUAAGUCCAAUAUGACCAGGCUCUGUUGGCUAAUCCCCUGCAUUUAUCAUGGAAAGUUCCAACUAUGGAAAACUCCAUUUAAGAAAUACAGGAAGGUUUAAGAGACUGACACCUUUGAAAUAGCAAUAAUAGGCACUAAUGACACCAUUAUUGUUUGCUUACUAUCAGUUAUUGUGACCAUCUUUUCAGGAAAACUACAUUGUAUAAUAAUUGGACAUUUAUUUUGUAUACCUAAUACAUUUUGUAUUUCCAUUAUUUUUUCAAUCUAUCUCAUUUAUCAAAAACUACUCUUUUUAUGCUCCCACAAAGUGGGGAGCAUAUAGCGUUGCACUUGUACGUCUGUCCGUCCGUAUAUCUGUCCAUCCCUACAUCUGUCCGUAUGUCCCGAAAUCUUGUGAAUGCAACUCCUUUUAAACCGGAUGGCAGAUUUUGCUUAAACUUCCAGGGAUGAACAACCUUAAUGUGUAGAUGGUAGUAAAGGAAGGAAUUUUUGCUGCGACCAAAUUUAACAGAAUUAUGGCCCUUUGUUGAUUUUUUCACUAUAUACUAUGUAGAAAUCUUGUGAACGCCACUCCUCUUAAACCGGAUGGCAGAUUUUGCUUAAACUUCCAGGGAUGAACAACCUUAAUGUGUAGAUUGUAGUAAAGGAAGGAAUUUUUGAUGUGACCAAAUUUAACGGAAUUAUGGCCCUUUGUUGAUUUUUUCACAAUAUACCAUAUAGAAAUUUUGUGAACGCAACUCCUCUUAAACCGGAUGGCAGAUUUUGCUUAAACUUCCAGGGAUGAACAACCUUAAUGUGUAGAUGGAAGUAAAGGAAGAAUUUUUGCUGCAACAAAAUUUAACAGAAUUAUGGCCCUUUGUUGAUUUUUUCACUAUAUACCAUAUAUAUGUUGUCAGUAGGGGCAAUUGUGUCCUUUGGACACAGUUCUAGUUUUAGCUCACCUGACACAAAGUGAUGAGAUGAGCUUAUGUGACCGCCAUUUGUCCGUAAACUUCAAACAACAUCUCUUCAUAAACCAGUAAGUCAAUUUCAUCCAAAAUUCGCAGGAAUAUUCCUUCAGUGGUCACCUUUAAAAAUUGCUCAAUGCAGAACUCUGGGCAAAAUUGGCACCAGGGGUGUUUGACAUUUCUUAAGGAUUAAAAAAUAAUAUGCAUUUCUGAGGCAUAAUGUACUCUUCUUUUAAAAAACCAAAGAGUUACAGGAUAGAUAUUUAGCUUGAAACAUCUUCUAGUGGGUGUCUACCAUGUUUGUUCAAAUAAAAGCCCCAAGGGUGUUGAUUUUUCCUUACGUACAUGUAUAUAGUAAAAACAAAACAAUUUUCUUAUAGAAAAUCCAAAAGAGCUAGAAUUUAGAUGUUUAGCAUGAAACAUUUUCUAGCGAGUAACUACCAAGUUUGUUCAAAUAAAAGCCUAGGGGUCAAAGUUAGCCCCGCCUCGGUUAUUGCACAAUUUUCCCAUAGGUCAGAUGUGAUUUUCCUACGAUAUUCCAAUACUGAUAAGCCACAC